AUGGCCAGCAUCUUCCGCCGCAUCUACGACUGGCUCUUGCGCCUGUUCUGGGCCACCGAGAUGGACAUCACCAUGAUCGGACUGCAAAACGCAGGCAAGACAUCGCUGCUGCGAGUUUUGGCGGGCGGCGAAUUCACUGUCGACUCCAUCCCGACUGUGGGCUUCAACAUGAAGCGCGUCCAGAAAGGCCAUGUAACCCUGAAGUGUUGGGAUCUCGGAGGCCAGCCUCGGUUCCGUUCCAUGUGGGAGAGGUAUUGUCGCGGCGUGAACGCGAUGGUAUUCAUCGUCGACUCGGCUGACAGGGAUGCUCUACCGGUAGCACGUGAAGAGUUGAAGCUCUUGCUGGAGAAGCCCGCGUUGGAGGGCAUUCCCCUGCUGGUCCUCGGCAACAAGUCCGAUCUUCCUAACAAGCUUUCCGUAGACGAGCUCAUCGACGCUCUGAACUUGAAGGCCGUGUCGCACCGCGAGGUGAGCUGCUACGGUAUCAGCGCGAAGGAAGAGACCAACCUCGACGCUGUCCUGCAGUGGUUGAUCGCUCGCGCAAGCCGAUAG